GACAGGAGGCGGCAAUACACUCACACUCACGACCGUCCGCCGGAAAUAGGAAGUAGAAGAAGACGCAAAGCUACAUGCUAAUGUCGCUAACCAACAGGGAAGUAACACGGCGUGCGAAGUGUUAGCGUUAAAUCUACGAAAGAAGAAAUCGUUACUUGUUUUGAAAGCUUCCAGGCUCGGAUCCGAGAGGCACGUGCCAUUUUGCCUUGAGCUCAUUAUUUUCUCAUGUCUGCGGUCCUGGUUUAGAUUUUUUUUUUCCUUCUAAAUUAAGGAACUGAAAGGCAGAAGAACAAAAAUUUGGAUUGGAACUAGGAUUAAGAUAAGGACCACAUCCAUCGCUAUUUUUGAAAAAAGAAGUGAUCAAGUCUGCCGGUGCCUCCAUUCUCUCUCAGCAGUACCAAUAUCUCCACCACCAUGUCAGAUGGCCGGAUCUAUGUGGGGAAUCUCCCCGCGGACGUCCAGGAGAGAGACAUUGAGGAUCUCUUCUACAAAUAUGGAAAAAUCCGUGACAUCGAGUUGAAGAACAAUAGAGGCACUAUUCCUUUUGCUUUUGUCCGAUUUGAAGAUCCACGGGAUGCGGACGAUGCUGUCUAUGGAAGGAAUGGAUAUGGUUAUGGAGACUCCAAGCUACGUGUGGAGUAUCCUCGAUCUUCUGGUGCUAAAUUUGGCCCUAUGGGAGGAAGUGGAGGAGGAGUUGGUGGAGGAGGAGGCGAUGGUGGAGAUAGAGGAGGACCUAGGGGAAGAUUUGGACCCCCUACUCGAAGAUCUGAAUUCCGGGUCAUAGUCUCUGGAUUGCCACCAACUGGGAGCUGGCAGGAUCUGAAGGAUCACAUGCGCGAGGCUGGAGACGUGUGCUUUGCAGAUGUGCAGCGGGAUGGAGAGGGCGUGGUGGAAUUCCUCCGCAGAGAGGACAUGGAGUACGCGCUGCGCAGGCUGGAUCGGACAGAGUUCCGUUCACAUCAAGGAGAGACCGCGUACAUCCGCGUCUAUGAGGAGAGGGGCACUCCGAGCUUUAGCCGUUCGCGUUCCCGCUCCAGAUCCAGAGGUCGCUAUUCGCCCCCCUUUCACAACCGAGGAUCCCCGCCUGCGCGCUACCAGUCACCUCCACGCCAUUCUAUGUCUCGCCAUAGUCCACCCCCCAGGAGGCACCCGCCGCAGCACCACAGCCCACCGCCACGUCAUUAUCGGUAGAAUCACCGACCACUUCUAGAGGAAUUGGGGAAAGUGUUUUGUAAUUCUUUUUCAUUUUAACAACAGGCCUCCUCGUUCAAUAUGAUCGUUGUUAUUUCUUUCUACACACAUUCCAUUGUCACCCUGCUUCUCCCCAAUGCCUUGGAUUUCUUUUUUCAUUGUUCUGUGAAUCACCUUGUUUAUCUGGAAUUGGGAUUGUUGAUUUUAGUUUUUAUUUCUUCCUUCUACAAUAUAACAUUUUGGCGGUUUCUUUUAUAAAGAAACCCUGGGUUGUGAUGUCAAACCUUGACAGCAAUGGUAAUGUUUAUUGUUCAAAACAAAUUCUGCAGAUAUCUGCCUACGGUUCAUACUGCUUUUUAAAUGAUCAACGGCCUAUAUGGUGUUUUGCAUUCGGGUAGCUUGAAGAUACUCUACUCCAAUUUGAAACCCAUUCAAUUAGUGAACCUUUUUUUAAGUGUAGUGACACAAAUUGACUGAGCUUCACUUUAAUGUUUGAACCUGUGACGAGGUGGCCUGUAGGUCUUCACUGUGUUUUUUUGUUUACCAAUAAAAUGCAAACUUCUACUGCAGUUUAA